AAAAUUUGAUUCACCAGAUUGUGUUCAUAGGUAAAAGGGAGAUUCUGUCUUUGUGUUUCUCUGCCACAUCCUAUUAGACAAUGCAUUGUUACAUCAUUGUUUAUUCUGCUGAUGUGAACCAUAUUUAGGGAACUUCAUUGUAAAUGGCAAAGAGAAGGUCAUGGUUCGGUUGGAUAAAAAGACUAUUCAUCUGCGAGGCCAAACCAAAAUCAGAGAAGCCAAGGAGAUUGAGAUGGGUGUUUAGAAGACUAAAGCUGAGACACCAGAUUGCAACUCCAACACAAGAAACAAGGACUUUGAACAAAGCAACAGAGGAUCAAAGAAAACACGCCAUGUACGUAGCCAUUGCCACGGCUGCAGCAGCCGAGGCGGCGGUUGCAGCCGCCAAGGCAGCUGCUGAGGUUGUCCGGAUGGCGGAAAACUCCUUCACGUCACAACAUUUUGUCAAGAAGAGUAGUGAUCCUAAUUUGGCAGCUAUCAAGAUUCAGAGUGUCUUCAGAGCUUAUCUGGCAAGGAAAGCGUUGCGGGCACUGAAGGCGCUUGUAAGGCUUCAAGCAAUUGUCCGUGGCCGUGCUGUUAGGCGAAAGGUUUCUUCUAACAAAGCUUCAACAUCAAGCCUCAUCCAGAGGAAACACUUGUCUAAGAACAAAACUGAGAUCAAAGAAGAACUCAAGAUACCAAAACGUUCAAUGUGUAAUGGUCAGAACGGUUGGGACAGUAGCGCACUCACCAAGGAAGACAUCAAAGCCAUAUGGUUGAGGAAGCAAGAAGGUGUAGUCAAGCGUGAGCGUAUGUUAAAGUACUCCCGGUCUCAUCGAGAGAGAAGAAGUCCACACAUGCUUCUGGAGUCAUUAUACACAAAGGAAAUGGGGAUGAGAAGCUGCCGGCUUGAACAUUGGGGUGAAUCCAAGUCAGAAAUGGUUGUUGUCCCUACAAAAGUAAAGCUGAGAACGUUGCAGAGACAAGACUCUGGUGAUGGACAAGACUCUCCGUUCUCUUUUCCAAGGAGAUCAUUCAGCCGUCUUGAGCAGAGUCUGUUGGAGGACGAGAGCUGGCUUCAGGGCUCCAAUGGUUUCCAGCCUUACAUGAGUGUGACAGAGUCUGCAAAGGAAAAGUUUAGAUCACUGAGCACACCGAGGCAACGUGCAGGGGUCAUGGAGUCAUGGUUUGAUGACAAUAAGAAAGAUGGGGAUAAAGUAUCUCUCUGGUCUUCCUUUGUCAGUGAAGAAAAUAGUAAGAUGAGCAGCUCUAAGAAGUCGCCUCUUGCCACAAACCAACAUUUGUUGUUAAAAUAUUGAACAUUCAUGAUACUUUCUCUUUUUCUUUUGAUGGGUCUCACAUCUCAUGCUCUUUAUAGAUUUAUAUUCUUUAAUUUGGGGUUUUGGGUCUGUGCUUAUGUUCAUUUAUGUUCUUGAGGAUUUGGAAGCAUGUUGUUUUAUCAGUGUGAUUCUUUUGUUUAAUUUUUAAUUAAGAAAUGAGACAUGUUUUUAGCCAGCAGAUCUUUCUUUAGGCAAAGGUGGAGCAAGAAAUGGCACAGUCACAAGGACAUCUCUUUACAACUUAAAAGAACACUGACUAUAUAUGAUAAUGACAUUUAGGUUCAGCUGUUUCUCCUUUGUAGUCUUACAUACAUGAACGAUAGAGCCUCUCUGAUCAUGCUAGAUAUAAACAAGACAUCUAUUCACAUUCAUCAAAGCCUGAGACGACAUGAUGCUGAUCAUAUAAAAUGAGAAAACGCAACUCUCUCUUAACUCUACCUAGCUUGCAGGCGAACACUUCAAAAAUAACAAAGACUAGGUUGAGUGCUCGGUGUGAAAUAAAUAGUUGAUUGUUUUGUAUUGAUAAUAGUUUAAAAUUGCCUCAUUUAAAAAUGAUAUAUUUUGAUAAAUAAAAUAAAAUAAAAUAAAAUAGUUGACACAAUGACACUGCAUUAUUAUAUACACCGUAAAGUCUACACAACCAAUGUUAAUUUUUGGUGUUAGCUAAAUUGUUUUAAUUAUGGGAAAAAUUUAGUGAAAUAUGAGCUUAUUUUUUAUGGAGGUUUGUGCAUACUAAACAUAUACUACAAACAUAGUUUUAUUUUAACAACUACCCAUAAGAAUUUUCCCACAACUAACCAUAUUAUUAAUUUACAAAACCAUAAAGCGAUUUAAAGAUUGUAAGUAUUCAAAUAGAUUGAAGAUGAGCUCUUUCUAGAUCUGUGGGACGUUCUUUUCUUUGUGGUUGGUAAAUUGGUGUUGUGGAUGAGCUCUCGACGGUGGUCGAUUGAGGCUCUCAGAAGGAUGGAGCUUCCGUCGUGUGUGAAGUUUCGGUCUCUUUGUGAUGGGAGGUUUGGUGUUAUGGAGGAGAUCUCGACGUUGAGUCGAUGUUCAGGCGAUGAAGACUUUAUGCCUGGAAGAUGAUGGGUUCUUUGAUGUGAUCUUGUCUCAUGCAGAAUUCGGUGGAGCGCCGGGUAGUUUCCGGCGAAGAUGCUCCAGUCGGUGCAGACGGUGAAGUACUUUCUACACGUGUCUUUUUUUCUUCGUUAUGUUAACACGUGGAUGAGACUUCCUUUGUUGGGCCUUUGUUUUAGUUUUUGUUGUUGGGUUAGUUUGGGUUUGGGCUGCCCCUUUCGUUUUGGGCCUUUGUACUUCAAAACCUUGUUUAUAAUAAAAAAACAGACGGCAAAAAAAGAUUGAAGAGGAUGUAAAAAAAUAAAAGAUUCAUAAUUUCAUGUUAUAAAUCUCUUAAAAUAAUUCUUAUAACUAGAAAAUCUGAUUCUUGCUUAAUAGUUUA